AUGAUGAGCGGCGGCAAUGGUGCGGGACCCAGCAGCUCCAGCUUCGAGCGGCACACGAAGCGCCGGCCGCCGGCGCCGGACAGCGAGAGGCGGAAGCUGCUGCGGCUGUCGUCCGUGCAGGAGGAGGACGUGCUGGCGGCGGGUGUGGUGCCGCCGGUCACGGUGGUCCUGGACGGGCGCUGCAUCUGCCACCGCGUCCACCUCAGCACCCACACCGGGUACCGCAGCCUCGCCGCCGCGCUCCGGCGCAUGUUCGUCGACGACGAUGACGCGGACGCCGCGCAGGCGGCCGGAGGCGAGGGCCUCCAGCUGGACCUUUCCAAUGCCGUGCCGGGGCACGUGGUGGCGUACGAGGACAUGGAGGACGACCUCCUCCUCGCCGGCGACCUCAACUGGAAAGAUUUCGUCCGUGUGGCGAAGAGGAUCCGGAUAAUCCCGGCGAAACCGUCGAACCGAAGGAUCAAGCAGUGA